CUCGUCUGUUGUGUUUGGUGUCAGUUUAUUGAUGCGCUAUCUGGAAACCUGUUCCCUCGGUGUUGUCCCAUGAGUCACGUCUCGCCCGGUUUAGUGUGGUUCGAAAACCCAUCAGGGAAAGAAUGUUUCUUCCUAGUGAUCUUUUGUGUCUGUAGACUAUUUAAUGGUGUGAUGAUGAGUGAUAAAGACAGGAAAAUCAGUUGUUGUGGCGACGCAUUUGAUGUUUUCAAGUCUGAUCUGAAAUUUAACAUUCGCAGGAAUUGGGUCAAGACAAAGAAGCUUAAGGCUGUUAUGUUUGAUGUUGACAGUUUGAGACGAGGCGCUGGCGUCAACGUUCAAGAUGACAACGGCUAUACACCACUCCAUCACGCUUGUUUACAUGGCCGAAAAGAGAUAGUCCGCCUGCUGCUGGCGGCGGACGCGUCGCCAUGCGUGGUGGACAAAAAGGCCGCUACACCCCUCCACCUCGCAGCAUUCAAGGGCGACUCCGACGUGGUGGCUAUGCUGCUGGCUCACAACAACCCCCCUGUCAAUAUUGACCAGCUGACGUCAGACCACGAGACGGCGUUGCUGAUCGCGGCUCACUUCGGAUACGUGGACGUGGUGGCUCAGCUCAUGGCAAAGGGAGCCGACGUCACCAUCGAGAACAACAACGGAGAGAGCGCGCUAGACCUCGCGGCGCAGUAUGGCAGGUUGGAGACAGUGCAGCAUCUUCUGCGAGUGAGACCAGAACUGGUGGACCAGUACUAUCUGCCGGCCUACAAACAGUGGAUAUUUACAUCAACUCCUUUGCACAGAGCCAGCAAACACGGUCGCAAGGAGGUGGUGGCCGCGCUAAUCAAGGCCGGAGUCGACCCCAAUGUUCGCACAGCAAAUGGCACAGCUCUUCACGAGGCCGUGUGCUUCGGGAAACACUCCGUGGUCAGAGUUCUACUGGACAAUGGUGCUGAUAUAGACGCAAGGGACUCCCAAGGGAAGACCGUUUAUGAUCUCCUGGCUGACUACUCUGAAGAGGCUACGAGGAGAGUGCGCAGGGCUCUGAAAGAUUACGAGAACCGGCGCAACCAGCGAAGCGCCUAUGAAAGUGACGACGAUUUGUUACCGCCCUUUCCAGUACCAGGACCCGACCACAGCCCCACAGGAUACCACCACGCCAAUAUCACGAAAGCCCCAGAGAUCCAGAAAAAUACUAACAUAAACAAAAGCUUAAUGUCUCCAUCUUCAUCUUCCCUAAUAAAGAAUCAACCUCAAAGUUUUGUCAAAAAACUUGCUUCAAAAUGCUUGGGUCUAAAGGCUAAAUUUAAUUCCGCACCUAACAUUUCUAAUAAUCCUGGUACCGAGUUAGCAGUCGAUGUAAAGAAUAAAGGAGUCGAACAUAAAUCUACAAAUACUUUGUUAAUUGGCAACAGUAAGUUCUUCAAUAAAAUCUUGUCAAAGAAAGAAGAUUCUGGUGAAAUUAAUUGUAAUGAUGAAUUUGAUACUAUAUCCUUGGAUAGAAUAACUACACUCAACCGCGACUCAGUUGUCAACAAAAGCAAUAGAAGUUGUCCUGGUUUUAAAACAUCCUUACCUAAUAUAAGCGAGCAUAAUGAAUUGAGCGAUUCUCAAGAUUCUUUAGAUGUUCAUACAGAUGAAUUUGUUGUAGUUCAUCCCAAUUUACAAAAUAAGAACCAUUUACCAAAGCUAACCAAUGUUAAUGGCCAUGAUUCUAAUGUUAUUUUUGAACCUAGAGACAAAAGAUUGUCAAUAUCAUCUAAUAAUUCAUCCGAAUCAGCAAAUUUUACUAAUGAGUGUUAUGAGUCUUAUGAGUUUUCCAAUUCUCGAAAUAAAAAGUUGGCUAAUAUUCCUAAGCCACCACCAAGGCCGAGUGCAGCACCUAAAAUUAAAAAUGACGAUAUGAUUUAUGAAAAUUUAUCCAUGGAUUCUAAUAAAAAUAGGCCAGUGCCUGCCGUUCGAACACAUUUGCCUACCAAGAAAUCAGAGGAAGCAGAAAAGCCAACUCUGUACGAAAAUAUUUUAUUAUUGCCUGAGAGGAAAAUACCAGAGCCUCCUAAAAGAAGUAAUGUGCCUGUACUAAUGAAAUCAAAUAAUAACGAUGUCUCUUCGUUACGUAGUGGCGGAAUAUCAUCAAGUUCUUCAUCAGAUUCAGAUUCACUUAUAGACGAAUCCAAUCUGGAAGAUAUACUAUUAUCUGAAAAAUCUAAAUCAUUUCGCCGUAGCAGAGAUUUGGAAAUAUAUGCAUGUAGAAACGAUGCUGUAGUUAGAACUCAAUCGAAUGCAUCCGAUAUGACAGACAUCACCGAAGCCAGUGCUAUAGAAAAUGUAGAUUGUAGUGAAGUAGAUCAAUCAUUGUAUUUACCAAUGACAGGUACACUACCAACCAAAAAUAAAGAUAUUGCUGAGAAGAAACAUAUCCUUUUCAGGCAUAAAACGUUUACUAAUAUUGAAAUAGAUAGAAAUUCUUAUAAAACACCUAAAGUGCCAGAGUUUCCCAAGUGGAACAAUGAAUUUCUAAAGGAAACUUUAGCCUCAUAUCAUAUAAGAGGUACAGGUCAUUGUAUUUAUAAGGCCCCAACUGUUUCAGAAUUCUUAAAUAUUUUCAAUAGAGAUACUCUUUCUAAACCAUCAAAGGUACCUUGUGAUGAGAAUAUUGGCACUCUAGAAACUGCAAUAUGUUUCUGUAAGCCUAAGUUGAACAAAAAUCAUAAUAGUGCUGAAGAUUUAUUAGAUGUUUGCCCUAUUGAUGAUCAAGAAAAGGUGAAUAUAGAUUUCGGCGCGUUAAAAAAUUUUGAAGAAAUGAGUAGAACGUCAUUUCGUUGUUUCUGUGAUUCAAAAACAUGCACUUUCCAUUCGGAAAGACGAGAAUCUGGCAAUCUCAUAGUGAAAUUCUCUGCCGUUAAGAAAAGUAUUUCUACUCCUAACAUAACUCUGGACACCAAUUUUACAGUUCGUCCAGGCGGUUUAAUAAAAAAUAAAUCCGUGCCAUCUAAUUUAGAAGAACCUUAUGCUGUUGUCAAUUUAGCAGAUAUAAUAGCAAGAAAUAAUUCAGUUGUUAAAGUGGAUAAAAGUCCUGUUUAUACUCCAAUGUUCCCUCAUGGUUCUUUGUCAUCAACGUCUUCUAGUCGCCUUUACUCGAUAAAAGACAUAGAAGACGUUAUAUCAUUAAACGAUAAUUCGACACCGACUGCUGCUCGUGAUUCGUCUGCUUCUGAUACUACUUCUAUACAUAAAUCGGCCUCGGAAUACUCUGGGCAUUGGUCAUUGCAAUCGUGCGAUUCGAACGUCACGAUCAAAUCUGAUGCUACUUUUGUUACUUGUUAUGAAGACUCAUCAGAUGAAUCCGAUGAUACCUUGCACUCUGAUGAGGAAGUCUCGGACGCCGAAACAGUUAAAUCCGAUGUGAGUACUACUAAACGUCCGUGGGUUCACAGUAACUCGUUUAAUUUUGGCAACAAAGGCCCCGUAUUUGAGGGGAGUGUGAUAACUGAAGAAAAUAGUUAUGAUUCGAGUUCGUCUAAAAUUGAAAGCGGGAUAAGUGUGAAGGGGUCCGAGAGUUCUUUUUCUGAUUGUGAGGAAGGUGUUCCGAGGGUCGAUGGUGAUGUGUCGCUUGGUGCUUCGCUUGAGCGGGGUUCGGGGGCGGUCGGGGGUGUUCGCAGCGGGUCGGGGCGGCGGCGGUGGGACGAGACGGAGGGCACGAGCGAGGGAGAUGCACUCAGCGUCUCAAGCGCAGCCUCAAGCUGCGCGCCGCUGCACCUCGCGCAUCACUACGAACACAGCAAAGUUUCGCCCACCCCUCCCAAGAAGCCGCCACGGCGGAAUCUGUCCGUGUCCCCCACCCACGCCAACUCCCCGUCUUCCGGGUACAGCUACGAGCUGAGACCUCACGCCAGGAGCCAGGACGACUUGGAUGACAUACAGGGUGCUAAACACUACCUCAAACACGGUCGCUCCGUCGAUCAGUAUGUGGACGGGAAAUUCUCGUACGCAGAGUAUGAGGACCACCCCUCUCCCAGAAUAGCCCCAGUACCCAACCCAAGACCCAGUCUCAAAAACCGCACCCAACCUGUAGCCAUCACGGCUAUGUAUGAAAAUGUCGUGAUAAAAGAGCAAAAUCCAAGAAGGAAGUUGAGAAGGAACAACUUUGGCCCGCAAAACGAGGGCAGUGAUAACAAGAUGAACGAUAACAGGGUUAGGAAGUACUCUAACCAAGAAAGGUCUUCCUUAGAAAGUUUAUUAGAUGACUUGUCGAUGAAUAGUCCGAGCGACUGUGAGCGGUAUGACGGGCAACAUAGAGCUGAUAUUCCGUUGUCGCCGACGCAUUAUGAUCAGCCUCCCACACCUGAUCACCCGCCACCUUCGGCCAGACAAGCGGAGAACAGCAUUCACGAAAGGAUCAGGCCUUUGAGUCAGGAAUACAAAAGAAGAUCGAUUCUCCGCGACAGCCAGACAGAGACAGAAGUGAGUCUUCUUCUCCGGGCGGCGUCUGCGGCGUCCGUCGCCAGUGGGGCCACGGACCGCAGCGGCAACACCGACAACUGCGUUGAGGAGUACGUGUGUGAUGUUCCUUUCGCUGGCCUGUUCAAGGGCUCAACGACCACUCUCGACGGUAUCGGUCUCCGGCCGAUGCCAGCCGAAAGACCGAAGACCCUUCGGAAGUUGAAGUCGGUAUACGACACGUCCCCCUCUGAGGCCCCCGUGGGUAGCUUCAGCAAUGGACAGGACAGGAACCUCAAUGGGAUGGAAGACGAAGUCAGGCGGCGCAGUAACACGACCAGCUCCAACCAGAGCGGUGAUAAGUCGCUGUCGAUUCUCAGCCCAUUUGAUGAACAGGAGGAGUGGGCCAAAAUCUCAGAAAUAAUGGCGUCGUUUGGUAGCAAGUUAGUCCGGGAGUCAGUGUUCGUGUCGGAGUUGGAGCAGGAGUUCACCUCCCGACUGGGCCUGAGCUGCUCCGAGUCUAGUCUCAGUCCAUCCGUGGCCUCGAACCUGGGACACUGGCUGGCGGGCUUGGGCCUACAUGAUUACGAAACCUUGUUCGUUGAGAGCGGGUUUGACGAUAUCGAUUUUAUUAAUGGCAUAUUAGAUGACAAUGACCUGCGCGAAAUGGGAAUAGAAGAAAACGAGAGACAAAAGAUUCUAGAAUCAUCGAAACAGUUACCUCUGAAAAUAGCCGAAAUAAGCAAUAACCAUAACAAUAAUAAUAUAAGUAAAAAUGAAAAUGAGUCAGUGGAGGACUGGUUACGGAAUAUUAAUUUACAGCAAUAUAGUGAUACGUUUAGGAAGCACUUGUACGUGGACAUGGAUAGGGUGAAGAGGAUAUGGGAAGUGGAGCUGACGGCUGUCUUGGAGAUCCAUAAGGCUGGGCAUAGGAAGAGGAUCUUGGCUUCGGUAUCUGGCGAGCAGAAUGGACCCGUCAACAAUAUGGAAGAUAUUAGUGCUGAUCUCAAUACUUUGAAGAACAACAUACAACAGCUGAAAGAGGAAAUCAAAGAAAAGCUACCUGAAAAUCUGAAGGCGGUACCGCCACCAGUUGUGCCUACGUUAGCGCCGCCUGGUGGUGAGACCCUGAAACGUAGCAAGAAGAACAGGCCUGCUCCUCAGCCGCCGAGACCUUCGGACCUGGAGAUCAGGGCACCCUCGGAGCUGCUCGUGGGCGUGCCAGGAGCAUUGAAGACCCAAUGGAAACACCAACCGUUUGUUCUUGUAACUGGUGCUGUGACCUAUGUAGCGAAUUACCUAGGCUCAACUGUGGUGAAAGAGCUCCGAGGUACGGAGUCCACCAAGAAGUCCAUACAGAAGCUGAAGAAAUCCACCAAAGAACCCAGGGACUCGCCUGAUAUCAUCCUGUCCAUCAGCUAUCGAGGCGUCAAGUUCCUGAACACGAUCACCAGGGAGCUGGUCUGCGAGCACGAGAUCCGUAACAUCCACUGCGCAUGUCAGGACGCAGACGAUCUCACACACUUCGCGUACAUCACCAAGGACCACGCCACCAAGAGCCACUACUGCCACGUCUUCAGGGUGGCCACCAUGGACCAAGCCACAGAAGUUAUCUUAACUUUAGGCGAGGCGUUCGAAGUGGCAUACCAAAUGGCUCUGAGAGAACAGUCUAAUCGGACGAGGGUCACUCAAUCCUUAGCGAAGACCCCUACUCACGACCCCACGACCACUUCCAAUAAAGAGAAACCUAUCAACCACGGGAGAUCACAUUCCAUUACCGAAAUCAAACUAAACGGCCACCAACUCAAAAUAGCGCCAAUCCCGGCAUCACUUUCUAAUGAAGACUUCCAAGCUGCUAGAAGUACAGACGGCUCCAAGAGCCCAAGAACACCUCUGUUAAAAGCACCUAUAGCUUCCACCGAAGAAUUGUGAAAGAUAAGGUAAUAUUUCCUAAAAAAAACAGACUAAAACAUAAUACACCAUAUUAUCGUAGCAUUUGGGAAUAAUAAAAGUUUAAUGUUGAUGAUUGAUGUUUAUGAAUCUGAUUGAAUUUUAUAAAUUGUCUUCCUUUGUAAAGGAUAUUGUUAUCUCCCAAUCUCGUUACAUCGUAGAUUUUGGACAAUUCUCGAAGUUAAAGUCGAUGUUAUCGAUGUAGGUAAAUAUUAUAUGGAUAUUCAAACAGACCAGUAUAAUACCAAAAUUAUUACUGUUCUGUAAUAUUAUGAUAUUCUUGCAUAUUAACUCGUGUAUUUCGAUUUUGACUCUGCUUUUGUGAACCGUAACCUAAUUUAUUUAACUAAUGUACCAUAUUAGAUAAAUGAUCAAUUUUACUAUCCAAUAGUAAAAUAUUAGGGGCUGUUAUUAUAUUUAUAGUAGUUUCUAUUAAUUGUAUAUUUUUGUUUCUUUUAGCGUUACUCAAGUGUUAUUCUAAAAUGUUAUUAUUGGAUAAACUAGAAUAAAAAAAACUGAAAGAAGAUGUAACUUUUUAAAAAAGAAAAAAAAUUAAACAAAAAUCUAGAUGCUUUUUUUCAUUCUAGAAUUUUCUGCACAUAUUAACACUGAUCUCUAUACAUGCAGCUGUAUUUGUUGUCUAAGGAUUGCGCCGAAUUCUAUGAUUACACAUAUAGUAAUUACAUAUAUAGUACCUAUAUGUGAAAAUGUUACUGAAUAUAGGAUACCUGGAUAUAGUACCUAAAUGCCUCACAGUGACUUAUUCAUGAGUUUUUUUAUGGUUUGUUUUUAGUAUCGACCUAAUGGAUUCUGGUUUUCUAUUUUAAAUUUUAAAAAUACUUUUACUAUUAUAUAAAGAAAACCUAACUUGGAUAUUUAAAAAUAUACCGUAAUAAUUGUUUACCAAUAGUGGGGUAUCAAAAAGUAUAGCUUUACAUUUGCGCGUUUUGGAUUAAUGAUAUUCAAUUAGGCCUAAAGUAUUAUAAUCUCGGGAGUAGACUUAAAAUUCGUUACCAUUUAUUCGGUGUCAAUCAAUGGUAGGUAAAUUGUAAAUAGAUUAAACUUUAAGUGAAUAUAGAGGAAUAUAUUGAUGGGUUGUCGAACUAGCACAUAUAUGUCGAGACACGAAUACGCCUAAUAUAACAUAUAGUACAUAAAACAUAUCAAAAUGACGAUGCGAAAUUUUCACUAUAAAUCGACAAAAAAGGAACCUCUUUUUGCAAAUGUUUCUCAUGUAAUGAAGAACGCAUCCUAUCAAACUAAAUUUGAAGUUUUCCGAUCUGUAUGGCAGUGUCCAUAAGGUUUAAAUCUCGCUAGCGUUUAGCGCCAUUUUGCUUGUAAAAAUAUUUAUCGACAUUGCCAUAGGUACUGAAAAGGUAGAGGUAUACUUGAAAAUGGUUGUCACAAUAAUAUUAUACUUGGUGAGCUUCCUAAGUUAAUUUUGCUCGUAGUUUACAUUAUGAAGAAGUUAAAAUUAAUUGUUUGCGUACAAUAAAUCAUGUCUCAAGAUGACAAAAAAAUUAAUGUUUGACAUUCUGUUCAAUUAAUGCAACUGUUUGCUCAAAAUUACAACAGUUUUUGAUGUUACAUUGUUCAUUUGGACAUAAUUAAAAUAGCUGGCCUUAUUGUUUGUAUGAAGUUGCUAAAGUCUGAUUUAUUAUUGAGAUUUUGUGUAUUCUUAUGUGAUAUGAAAAAAGUAAACUAUUUAAAACGA